AUGAAUACCGAACGUUUCGACACGUCCACUCCUCUCUGGAUCCUGCAUGUGGACGGCUCGGCAAACCAGCAAGGCUGUGGUGCCGGCUUAGUGUUAACCACUCCAGACGGUAGAAAAAUCGAGUACGCCCUCCGAUUCAACUUCCGAACCUCCAAUAACGAGGCAGAAUAUGAGGCCCUCUUGGCUGGCCUUCGGCUAGCCCAGAGCAUGAGCGCGAGGCAGAUCAGCAUUCACAGCGACUCCCAGCUCAUAGUAAACCAGAUAACGGCAGACUUUGCAGCAAAGGACGCCUCCAUGUCCGCCUAUCUAUCGGCAGCCCACCAGCUACUACAGAAAUUCCAAGCCUAUGAGAUACGGCAGAUCCCCAGGUCUGAAAAUAGCCAUGCCGAUGCACUCUCGCGAUUGGCUUCGGCAAUAAAUGACAGGAUCGAAAGGAAGGUACCGGUGGAGAUAUUAUCCCAACCAAGUACAACCGCCGCUGAGCUCGGAAACUCGCUACCGAUCGGCAAGAUACACAGUCAUCAACGAUGUCUGUACAAACGAGGCUACACGACGCCGUACUUAAAAUGCCUGACCAAAGAGCAAGGGGACUACAUCCUUCGGGAGGUCCACAGCGGAAUCUGCGGGGACCAUUCUGGUUCCCGAUCGCUCGCACACAAGGUCUUCCGGCAGGGUUAUUUCUGGCCGACUCUGCAUCAGGAUGCCAACACACUAGUCAAGAAGUGCGACAAAUGCCAACGGUUCGGUAGUGUCCCUCACAUUCCCGCCGAGCCACUGUCACCGAUCGUGAGCCCAUGGCCGUUCGCCCAAUGGGGACUGGAUCUAAUCGGUCCGAUGCCAGAGGGCAAGGGUCAGGUAAAAUACGCUGUUGUUGCCGUAGACUACUUCACCAAAUGGGUAGAAGCCAAAGAACUAGCAACGAUAACGGCAGCCAGAAUCGAGGAUUUCGUUUGGACAAACAUUUGCUGCCGAUUCGGCAUCCCCUACGCGAUCGUCACGGAUAACGGCAAGCAAUUUGAUUCGGAACACACCCCCAAUCGAACGGACAGGGUCGAAGCCAUGAACAAAAUUGUCAAGAAGCUGUUGAAACGGCAGCUUGACAAAGCCAAAGGGGCAUGGCCAGAAAAGCUUCCGGAGGCGCUAUGGGCCAUACGGACAUCUUACCGAACGGCAACCGGGGAAACACCAUUCUCCAUGGCUUUCGGUUCAGAGGCAGUAGUCCCAGUAGAGAUCGGAGAGCCCUCCUACCGAACGGAAACCUUCGCACCGAAGGCAAAUGAGGAAGCGCUGGCUCUGAGCCUCGACUUACUCGAAGAGCGCCGAGCACAAGCCAACCUUCGGAACGAAGCUUACAAACAACGCGUCUCUCGGUACUAUGACUCCAGGGUCAGAUCCCGCUCUUUCCGAGUCGGAGAUUGGGUCAUGCGAAAAGUCUCCUUGGCAACCAAGAAUCCCACGGAAGGAACCCUCGGACCUUCCUGGGAGGGACCCUACGAGAUCAUCGGUAUCCAGCGAUCGGGGACUUACCGACUCAGAGACUCCAAUGGAAAGACCCUCGGUCACCCUUGGAACGUAGAGCAUUUGAAGUACUACUUCAAAUGA